GGCGUUCACUGCUCCACAGGUUUUUGUUUUUUUUUUUUUCUGGUAAAGUUCUUUGCAAAGUUUGGAGCGGCGGCAGCAGCUCGUGCACGGUGUUUUAUUGUCAGUCAGUCAGCAGCAUGCAGAUCCAGGAGUUGCUGAAGAGUCUGGGGGCCCAGGGCAGCCUGCGAUUCCCAGACUUCGAGGAGAUCCGAAAGUACGUCCACAGCCUGUCCACAUCGUCUCUGAUCGGGCUGGGUGCCUUCGCCACUCUCACUGCUUACUGGCUGGCCACGCGACCACGGCCCAUCCGGGCACCAUGCGACCUGGAGCAUCAGUCUGUACCAGUGCAGGGAGACCCCAGCUGCCGGAGGUCGGCUCUUCUGAAGGAUGAGACUCUGUUGGACUUUUACUACAAGGACACGAAGACGGCCUACGAGAUGUUCCAGAGGGGGCUGCAGAUCUCAGGUGAAGGACCCUGCCUCGGGUUCAGGAAACCCAAAGGUCCCUACGAGUGGAUCUCCUACAAAGAGGUUUCGGACCAGGCUGAGUUUUUGGGCUCGGGCCUCCUGCACCGAGGCUGUCUGCCUUCUCCAGACCAGUUCAUCGGGGUCUUCGCACAGAACCGACCCGAGUGGGUGGUUGCUGAGCUGGCCUGUUACACUUACUCCAUGACUGUGGUCCCUCUGUAUGACACUCUGGGUGAAGAGGCGAUGGUGCACAUUCUCAAUAUCGCGGAGAUCUCCAUGGUGAUCUGUGACAAGCCUGAGAAGGCGGGGACUCUGCUGACCAAUGUGGAGCAGUCUCUGACCCCCGGCCUCAAAACCAUCAUCCUCAUGAACUCGUGCGAUGCCGCCCUGCUGGAGAGGGGGAGGAACUGCGGGGUGGAGAUACUGCAGUUCCGUGACAUCAUGGAACAAGGUCGUCAGAAUCACAAAGCCCCGGUCCCCCCACGGCCCGAGGAUCUAGCUGUGGUGUGCUUUACCAGUGGAACCACAGGCAAACCCAAAGGGGCGAUGAUCACUCACGGGAACAUCGCGUCCAACACCUCGUCUGUGAUCAAGAUCCUGGAGGGUUCAUUUGUGAUCCGCCAGGAAGACGUCACCAUUUCAUACCUGCCGCUCGCUCACAUGUUUGAAAGGAUGAUCCAGGUCUCCAUGUUCUGCCACGGCGCCCGAGUCGGGUUCUAUCAGGGCGAUAUCCAGCUUCUCAUGGACGACAUCAAGACCCUCAAGCCAACCUUCUUCCCCGUGGUGCCUCGGCUUCUCAACAGGAUCUAUGACAAGAUCCUGGGAAGCGUCACCUCCCCUCUGAGGAGGGCUGUCCUGCAGUAUGCUGUACGAUGGAAGCAGGCAGAGCUGAGCAGCGGCAUUGUGAGGAACAACAGCUUCUGGGACCUGCUGCUCUUCAACAGGAUCCAGGCCAGUCUGGGUGGAAACCUGAGGUUUAUAUUAACCGCGUCGGCACCCAUCUCCCCCAGCGUGCUCACCUUCCUCCGGGCUGUGCUGGGCUGCUUGAUAUUCGAAGGUUAUGGGCAGACUGAGUGCACUGCCGGCUGCACCUUCUCCAUGCCAGGAGACUGGACUGCAGGUCACGUCGGCGCCCCGCUGCCCUGUGCCUUGGUGAAAGUGGUGGAUAUCGAGGAGAUGAACUACCUGGCAUCAAACGGAGAGGGGGAGAUCUGUAUUAAAGGGCCCAGCGUGUUUCAGGGCUAUCUGAAGGAUGCAGAGAAGACGUCCGAGGCGCUGGACUCACAGGGCUGGCUGCACACGGGGGACGUGGGGAAAUGGUUACCGAACGGAGCCCUGAAGAUCAUCGACCGGAAGAAGCACAUGUUCAAGCUGUCGCAGGGCGAGUACAUCGCCCCCGAGAAGAUCGAGAACGUGUACCUGCGCAGCGCGGCCCUGCUGCAGGUGUUUGUGCACGGAGACAGUCUGCAGUCUCAUCUUAUCGGAAUAGUUGUUCCCGACCCAGAAGUGUUUACUGGCUGGGCCCAGGAAAAGGGAAUUGUGGGAUCGUACGAUGAGCUCUGCAGGAAUCAGGAGGUGAAGAAGGCAAUCCUGGAAGACCUGACAAGACUCGGGAAGGAAGCCGGGCUCAAGUCCUUCGAACAGGUGAAAGAUCUUUACGUUCAUCCAGAAAUGUUCAGCAUCUGCAACGGGCUCCUCACCCCGACCAUGAAAGCCAGACGGGCCGACAUCCGGAAGCGGUUCCAGGGUCAGAUCAGCAGGCUGUACUCCGAGUCUGCCUUUUAACCCAGCCUGGGAGCAGACGGUGGGUGGGGCAGGGCAGGACUGGGGACGGGAGGGGCGGCUGCAGCAGAUUCAGGAAAAUAGAGAAGCUGCACAGCCUGGACUGCACUAGAAACCAGCAAAAUAGGAAAGGGAGAGACCGACGAGUGGAAACCUGAAGACCUAGAACUGUGAUCCACAGCGCCCCUUGCUGGGAAAACAGUGAGCUGCCUCUUAUUUAACUUGAAGCCCCUUUUGAAUUUAUAAAGCUCCGGGACUCUUUCUUUAUCAGGGAAGGGUGGUCACUUGUAUGAAAGUUGUGUAGGCUCCUCUGAAGGUGGCUCACCUUGGUACUUUGAGAAAUUUGCGAUCCCAUUUCCAACCAACCAGGGUUUUUUAGCAGAACAGAUCUGAACUAAACACGGUUUCUUUUUUUCUAAUAUGUUCUUGUGCAAUGGAAUUGUAUGUUCACUAAUGUACUUGCAUGACCCUCCCGUCUCUGUGUUUAGAAACGUCUGCUUGUGUUGUAUCAUUACGUAGCCUGUAUUCUUGGUACUGCCCGGGCUCUGUUAGUGUUCAGACUUCCUUGAGUUCAAGUUCAAAGUCAUUUCUGUGGACCAAUUCAGUCUUAAAAAAAGUUCUGCGACGCAGGGGACCCAUCUGCAGUGAGACCGGGUGUGCCUUUGAGCUGCAGCUGUCCUGAGUCUGAGCUGAAGCCCAUCGUGACGGCUCCUGAGAGCUGAUUCAUGAUCGUGGUAUUUCAGUGAAGUGCUGAUAGCAGCCCCCUGUUCUUAACACACUGCACUGCCAGGGCACCUGUAUUAGGACUGAAUUACAUUGUGGGUGUCGGAGCACUGGACAGGGCACAGGAAUUAGGAUGCUCCUCCAAAUUGUCCUGGAGCCCCUUGAGUUGUUAUUACUAUGAACGAGGAGAUUAACUGUUUACAUGUGGCAGGGACCUAGCCCUCUGAUCAUUUUCAAUUACACAUCUGUUUACCAGUUAAUACCAUAUAGAUUAGUAAAUACAUCUGCAGAGAGACACCUACACACACAGAGACUCUUACACACACACACGCACAGAGACUCUUACACACACACACACGCACAGAGGCCCCUACACACACGCACAGAGGCUCUUACACACACACACACACACACACACACACACACACAGGGACACCUGCACAGAGACUCUUACACACACAGGGACCCCUACACACACGCACAGAGACACCUACACACAUGCACAGAGACUCUUACACACACACACACGGGGACCCCUACACACACGCACAGGGGCACCGCUAGAUAUUCACACACCUCAUACAUUUCUAUCCUGUUCUGAGUAUCGUCUCAUAAAUGCCGAUCUGUAUGUUUGUUUGUUCGUUUAAAUGGGAGGCAAUACUUUUUGAUCAUAGUGUUUUGUUUUUUAAUGGUCUGAAGCAGAGCUUCUCAAACCCCGGACCCCCUGUGUCUGCUGCUUUUCAUUCUAGCCAGGCUCUCAAUUACUUAACUAGACUCUUGAUUUAACUGAUAAUUUGCUUAAUUAAACAUUUUCUCUUGUUUUCCGCUCUUAAACAUUUGCAUUUCAAGUUAUUUAUAAAAUGCUAUAGCUAACUUGAAAUCUUCAACUGUUUAAGAGCUGAACACAAGUAAAAAGGUUUAAGCACAUUGUCAGUACAAUUAAGGGUCUAGUUAAGUAAUUGAGCUGGAAUGAAAACCAGCAGACAGGACCGGGGUUGAGAAGCCCUGUUAUAGAUGGUGGUUGACUGCAAUUCCGAGGAAACCUAGAAAAUAAAACUUGCAUUGCAAAAGUCUGACCACAAGGGGGCAGUGUUGUCCCAUUAACAGGUCAACUGUGAAACGUGCUGAAUCGACGUCGUCUCGGUGUGUGGCAAAACUCACUGCUGAAAAUCGCUACAAUUGGUCCAUUGUUAAUAUAGUAUACUACUUUUAACGGUAGGAAUUGCUGCUGUGACGUUAACGGCAUAGCCUUGACUAAAUUCAGCGAGCGUGUUGUAGAAGACAUGCCAGCUUGUAUUAAUUAUGAAUUGAAUUGUUGUGUAUAUUGUGAUAUUUAUGAAACGACAGGAAUGUAGUAUUUCUGUAUGUAGGAAUCCCGCUAGAGGAUCUUAGGAAAGGGUUUCCGUGGGCUGUGGCUCAGUGGAGGGCUGGGAUCUGGAGCGCGCUAAUGCAAUAGGCUGCCACUGUCGAGGUAUCGGGUAGAGGGUGGAUGAAGGUUUUAAUCAAUAACAAAUAAUCAUGUGUAACAAAAGAAGCGAUUCUACAUAUUUAGGAGUGCUAUGCUAUUGGGUUUCUCUCCGAGCACCACGACAGCGUCUCGGUUGUAAUUUCAGUGUCGGGUCUGUGUGUGCUGUAUCACGUGUGCUGUAUCAUGAGCAAUUGCUGUUUUUGUUGAAAAUGUUGUAUCGCUUCUUUUCACUGUUUUGUCUCUUGUGAAUUACAGAAGUAAAAAAAUGCAAAACUGGAAAA